UCCUCACACUGCAAAACCACCCGAUAUCAACAAAUCUACAGAAAAACAUGCGCGUUAGCUGCAGGCUAAAUAAUCACCAUUCUUCGAUGAAAUAGAAAUUCGUCAGAAAUUUUAUCUGUGACGACCGUCGGACCAAAACCAAAGAGAUAUUUGAUGUACAAGAGUACUGCAAUGAAUUUCUUCCUCGUCGUCGCCGUUAUUAUCGGUAUUUCUGUGGCCGAAGAUAAUGCUAAAUCAGUGAAAAAAUGCACCAUUCAUGGAGAGAGAUGCACCUUCCCCUUUACAUUCAGAGGCAAAAGUUAUGAUGAAUGUACAAGUGAUGGGGUAGAAAGCGAAAGAACUUGGUGCCCUACUUAUAUUUAUCCAAAUGGCAGUGCCCAUCUGAAUUACUGCUCUCCAUGCUGGGGUGAUCAACGUUGUUAUUUAAGAGCUGACUCAUUCCCAGACACUACUUGGACACUGAAUUGUCCACCAGGAUGUGUUUAUGUGCAAAGACAAAUGUAUGGAACGGACAAUGAAUAUUCUUCCGAUUCCUUUAUUUGUGCUGCUGCUAUUCACGAAGGAUUGCUAACAAAUGAAACUGGUGGUGAAGUAAAAUUUGUCAAAGAAGAUUGGAAAGCUCCAUUUCUUACAAGAGUUGUCAAGAAUAAAGUCAGUUCCAAACCAUCAAAGAAAGAGGAUUUUUCGAUGAUGUCAUUUAUAAAACCAUUAGUUGUAGGACCUUCUCCGAAGUUGGUUUUCUCUCAUGACAAGAGCAGCAUUUCAAUGCUUACUUCUGAUAGCACUAAAUAUCAGUUACUUAUUGAUGGUCAAACAUACGCAACUGGUGUGGCUGUCGAUGUCAGGAACAAAAAAAUAUAUUGGAUUGAUAUGACACAAAGAUCAAUAUGGAGAGGAGAUUUUGAUGGCAAAAAAGUAACAAAUAAAAGGAAGAUUAUUGAUCACACAAAGGUUGUGAGACCCGAAAAUGUUGCUGUAGAUUGGAUUCAUGGAAACAUAUUUUGGACUGAUUCUGGUAGUAAUUCAGUUGGAGUUGCUAAAGUCACUGGUGCAAAUGUAGCACUGAUAAAGAAAGGAGAUAAACAUUACAAUCCCAGAGGAUUGGCAGUUGAUCCAAAAAAUGGGCUUGUCUACAUAACUGACUUUGGUAAAAAUCCAAAGAUAGAAAGAUGUUCGAUGUCAGUUAAAGAUGAAUGCGAAACACUCAUUGAUGAUGACGUUGCGUGGCCAAGUGGAAUUGCUUUGGAUAUUCAGAGAAAUCAAAUGUGUUGGACAGAUAGAAAAAUUCCUAUGUUAUCCUGUUCAAACACAGAUGGUAAGAGAAGAAGAAAUAUGAAAUUGUCUGAGGGGAGAUUGAAAGAUCCAUUUGCAAUCACUCUGUACAAAAAUAGAGUGUACUGGACAGAUUGGAUCAACACAGGCAUUCUUAGCAUCAAUUUUCUGAAUUGGAAUGAUUUGCAUUUUCAUGUUGGUGAACUAGAGAAUCCGAGUGGCAUUUCGAUAUAUGACAGAGAUGCUCAGUUAUUGUAUCCAAAUCAAUGUGAUGGUUCUAGAUGUGAAUACUUAUGUGUUCCAAGCCAAGAUGGAGCAAAAUGCCAAUGCAAAGAUGGAAAAUGUGGCCAAGUUGCGGUAAAACCUAAACCUCAAGCUGCUGUCGAUAUAUAUGUUGCUGAUAUGAGUACAAUCAUACGAUUGAAAUUAAAAUUGGAAUCAAGAGAAACUGAUACAAAGACAGUGCUGAGUAGACUAGGAUGGGCAGCAACAGUUGCGAUUGACGCAGCAAAGGAAACAAUAUAUUGGUCGGAUACUACCUCAAAAAAAAUUGAGGCUGCAAAAUUAUCAGAUAACUUGGCCACCUCACAACGACGAACUUUCCUAGACAACAGUGAUAGAUAUUUAGGAAAAGUAGAAGGAAUAGCAAUUGAUCCAAUAACACGACUCAUCUAUUGGACUGAUUCAUCAACAAACUCAGUUUAUGUUUCUAAUCUGGAUCCAGUGAAUGGACCCCGGCAUGUUUCUCAGGUUGUGAAAGGCGAUCCAAGUUAUAAACCUAAAGCUAUUGCCUUGGAUCCAGAAAGAGGUUACAUGUAUAUUGUGAAUUCGUCUCCACCUGCAAAGAUACAAAAAUGUGAAAUGGGCAAACAAUCAAACUGUCAGAACAUUAUAAAGGAUGCAGUUUUACAAGUAAACUGGAUAACCAUUGAUUAUGAAGAAAAGAGAUUAUAUUUCAGUGAUUCAAUACUUGAUAAAAUCGAAUCAUCUGAUUUGGAUGGAAAUGGCAGAAAAGUUAUUAUAUCUGGAAGAGCAACCAUUCCUCAACCUUAUGCAGUUGGAAUUUACAAAGAUAGAGUGUAUUGGAAUGACUGGGGCACAAGAAGAUUAAUGAGCGCAGACAAAACAACAGGAAAAGACAUGCAUAUUUUAUCGAGAACAUUGAGAAGACCGAUGGGAAUGGUUCUUUAUGACCCAAAGAAUCCAAUGCCUGAGAAAUAUAGAAAUCUUUGUGCAUCGAAUAAUUGCCGACAUCUCUGUUUACCCUCACCAUACAAGAGUCGAAUACAGUAUUCAUGUGUUUGUCCUGAAAAGAUGAAAGGUGUUUCAAAUGCUCCAGAGUGCAGCGGUUCAAAUGCACCGGGAAUUGUCAGGCCUGUUGUGUGUGGUAGAGGAUUUGAGAAUUCAAAGCAAGAUCCAACUCAAUGUGUUGAUAAAGAUGAAUGUAAAGUAAAUAAAGGCGGUUGUCAAGAUGAAUGUAAAAAUCAACCAGGAUCAUUCGAAUGUAAAUGUGCCAAAGGUUCUGAAUUGCAGGAAGAUCGGAAAUCUUGCAAAGUUUUAGUUGUGGAUCCCUGUAAACCAAAUCCAUGCAAAAAUGGUGGCGACUGCAAAACGCCUGGUUCAGAUUUUAUAUGUGCAUGUCCUGUUGGAUUCAAAGGGAAAACGUGUGAAGAGAUAGAUGUCAGAAUAAAACCAGUGGAACCAUACGAUCCGAAGAAAGCAAUCCGAUUGCAUUGUGUUUCACCGAUGAACUUGAACAGAAAAAUUAUCUGGCGGCUUAACAGAGUUGAAAUAGAUUUUGCCUCAGGAUGGGUGUCAAUAAAAGAAGAGGGAAGACUGUUGGUGAUAUACAGUCCACACUUUUCAUAUUCUGGUGUUUAUACAUGUCAAGUUGGUUAUGGUAAUACAGAAAAAACUGCUGAAUUUGUUGUUAAAAUACCAGCUAUUCCAAGUGCAAUAUGUGGAAAAGCUCCAGGAAUUGAUAUACCAAGUCGAACAAUAGUUGAAAAAGUAUUAGGAGGGAAACUCACUAAAGCUUUGAUGGCUCCAUUCAUGGCAAUGCUGUAUAAGAAAUCAAUUGGAAUAAAAACUAAACAAGGAGUGUUUUGUGGAGGAAGUAUAAUCGAUACAAAGCAUAUUGUUACAGCAGCUCAUUGUUUUAAAUUGAUCGCUGAGGAUGAAGUAACAGUAUAUGUUGGCAGACGAGACACAGACCUUCAAUACAAAGAACCUUAUGAACAAUCCUCUGACAUAAAGAAACUCAUCAAACAUGAUGAAUUUGAUCCAGUCACAUUAGACGUCGAUAUUGCUAUUAUUGUAUUGAAAGAUCCUAUUUAUUUCUCUCAGGCUGUCAAGCCCAUAUGCAUUGCGAAACCUACCGAUACUGACAAGUCAAAAGCAGCCAGGCCACCCAACUACGGUCUUGUGUUUGGUUGGGGAAUAAAGAGUGAUGGUACAAAUUCAAAGUUUCUGCGUGAAGUCAAAUUGCCAGUAGUAAAACAAUCCAAGUGCAGGGAAACAUACAAAAUAAGUUCUACAAUGUUUUGUGCUGGAGGUGACGCAGAUAAGGACGCAUGUGAGGGUGAUUCAGGAGGACCGUUUACACUUUGGAGUGGCGACUCUUGGUAUCUUGGUGGCAUUGUUUCAUGGGGACACACUUGUGGAAUAAAGGGAAAGCCCGGUGUUUACACCAGAAUUGGAACCAAGUUAAGAAGAUGGAUUUAUGAAAAGUCUGACCUUUAAUUCAAGAAGCAACAUCUCAGAAGUUUCGGGAGCCAGAAUUUAACAAAUUAUUCUUUCAAUACUAACGGAAUUUUUGUCAAGCUAACUUUCCAAAUCAUUGCAAUCUGACUCAUAUUUCUAACUGGAAUUUCAUUUAUUAAUUACAGUUCGUAUUACUUGCAAAAAUAUAAUACUUCG